UUAUGCCACAUACUCGUCCUGUCUGUGUCGGUAGCGUUUGAAUGUCACACUUUCCAGCUUGAAGAAGAAGAAGAAGAAGCGAAGACUAGCAUAUCAAAACGAUGGAAAGGUUAGCUCUAACUGGUGAGAGCCAUACCAAUUCAGAUAGGGAGUAAGGGGGCAUAUUUGUGUCUUUUCAGUUUGUUGACCUCAGUGGAGCUGGUCUGACUGAAGGGUUUGGGAUUGACAAGAUGCGUUCCAGUUCCAGUGUGGACGGACCGCCAAGCGCCAUUGGUAGGGGAGGCACUGGCAGCAACAACAGCAACAGCAACAACAACAGCAACAACAACAACAACAACAACAACAACAACAACAACAGCAGCAGCAGCAGCAGUGAAAACAGUGGAAAUUCAGGUUCCCAGUAUGCACUAUGUGCUCUGGGGGUCGGGCUUGUUGCCCUCGGCAUCGUGAUGAUUGUGUGGAGCGUGGUACCUGCAGACGCGGCCGGUAAUAGCAGCAGCAGUUCAGGAGGAGAUGGUGAAACUAGUGGCAGAAAACAUAAAGCGUCUUCUGUGGCCUUUGUCUUGGUGGGGUCUGGGGUGGUCAUGCUGCUGCUGUCCCUGUGUCUGGGAAUGAGGAACAAACAGCGAGAGCAGCAGAGGCUCCAACAAGCCCAGGACCACAGAGUAGUGGCAGCGAGGGAGCAGGAACAAAGAGAAACUGCUGAGGAACAAGCCCACCGUUAUGCUGUACCCAGCUAUGAAGAGGUAGUAGGCAGUGGCCAGUACCCUGUCCGUCAGAGCAACCCUCGCCCAAGCACCUCCCAGCUACCUUCCUAUGAUGAACUUGUCCAAGUUGAUGGUGUACAAUAUGAAUUCGAAGGGUCAGAGGCCACAACUAACGGAUCACAGCCUGCUCCAGCUUCCAUUGCUUCCGCUCCUCCCGCUGCUGCUGCUUCCACAUCAAAUCACAGAGCUGGGAAAAAUAGCCGUAAACUCCUCCCUAUCAAGAUCCGCCGGAUAAAAUCAGAGAAGCUGCACAUGAAAAACAUUGAUAACGCUCAGGAAGCACCUGGAUUCAGUAUAGAACCACUUACCCCUCCGCCGCAGUAUGAAGAUAAAGUGCCUCCGCUUUAAGAUCAAGCUGAUCUUGUUUACAACAAUCUACAGAAAUUCCUUUGAAUCCUCCAUGAUCUCAUUUUGUGGAUCUGUGUUUUUAAACCAAGAUUUGAAGAUGGCUCUAUUUGCACCUUUUUAUACAGUAUCUGUUCUAAUUCAUCAUUCCAAAGCAUGGAACACAGAAACAUUAAAGUGCUCAUAUUAUUCUCA